ACGUUUCGAAACUAGACUAUUUUUUGUGGGACGGAGGGAGGGAGUAUUUUUAUGCCGUAUCAUGCAUUGUACACGCCAUCUCAUACGAGUCUGGAUUGCCAAAUAUAUUUAUUUAUUUUCCCAUUCCCAUCACUUGCAAGGUAGCUCCAGAAGUCCAGAUCAGAGCAAUUUGGUAUUUAAUCAGUAUAAUAAUCAGACUAUAUUUGACUAAAUUUUUUAUGUUUUCCGUCUGUCGCCAUUAGAUUUUAUUCAAGGCUCUUCAAACAACACAAAAAAAAAAAAAAGAAAAGAAAAAGAAUUGGAAAUAGUGCAGCGUACAACGUGAUAGUAGCAAAAUUUAAUCAUGCUAGUUUUAAUCUAAGUUAGAUAAAUGACAAUUUCCGGGUUUAUUAUAUCUCCAAGUCAUCUUCCAGUUUGUGUUUUUGCUGCACUGAUCAGUUGACUUGACUGGAAAAACUUGUCGGAUUAUUUUUUUUCCAAGAAGAUGUUUACUGCUCAGCUAAAAGGCAGCAACAAUAUCAAGCACCAUGUCCCCGACAUCGUCCGGCGACCGGAGAAGUUCACCGGAGCCGGGAAGUUUGGUGGUGGGUUAUCUUUGCUUAGCAGUAAUGUCCCCUGUUUCAGGUCAAAACAGAGUAGCAGCAUAAGAGCAGUGAUCAGCAGCGAGGAAGAUGCAACAAAGCUGGUUGUGGAAAAAGAUGCUCAAAAAUUAGGAAACUCUAAUGGGUCUUUGUUGGCUUCUGAUUCUAAUUCAUCUAUGGAGGUUAAAGCAGUGAUCACUGUAAGGAAGAAGAUGAAGGAAACUAUGAGUGUUAAGCUUGAAGAGCAGUGGGGAACUUUUAUUAAUGGGAUUGGCAGAGGAAUCUUGAUUCAACUCAUCAGUGAAGAUAUUGAUCCUGUUACCAAUUCUGGAAGGAGUGUUGAAGCUUAUGUUAGGGGAUUUCCUAAGCCAACAAACAAUCCGUAUGUUGUUGAAUAUGGGGCAAAUUUCAUGGUGCCACGAGAUUUUGGAUGCCCUGGAGCCAUCCUGGUUACCAAUUUUCUGGACAAUGAAUUCUACUUGGCUGAGAUUGUUGUCCAUAAUUAUGGUGAAUGGCCCCUAUUCUUUCCUGCACAUACAUGGAUCCAUCCGCGAAAAGCUAAUCCGGAAAGCAGGAUCAUCUUCAAUAGUAAGGCAUACUUGCCAUCUCAAACGCCAGCCGGAAUUAAGGAUCUUCGAAGGGAAGACUUGCUGAGUAUCCGCGGCAAUGGGAAAGGCGAGAGGAAAAUGCAUGAGAGGAUAUAUGAUUAUGAUGUCUACAAUGACCUUGGAAAUCCAGACAAGAAUGAUGAUUUAGCUCGGCCUACCUUAGGUGGCAAUGAGAGGCCUUAUCCUAGGCGCUGUCGAACAGGCCGAGCUCCCAUGAAACGAGAUUCAUCCUGUGAAAGUAGAAUAGAGAAACCUCAUCCCAUCUAUGUUCCGCGAGAUGAAGCAUUCGAGGAGAUCAAGCAGAACACAUUUUCAGCCGGAAGAUUGAAAGCUCUGAUGCACAACCUGGUACCAUUGAUUGUUUCGACCUUCUCCAGCUCAGACAAUCCAUUCACUUGUUUUUCGGAAAUAGACAAGCUCUAUAAGGUCGGCAUGGUUCUGAAACUUGAAGAACAAAAAGAUAUCAUAAAUGGUCAAAAUAUAUCCAAUUUCUUCCGGCAAAUCUUUACAGUAGGCGAAAGGCUGCUGAAGUAUGAUACACCAUCCAUCAUCAGAAGGGACAGGUUUGCGUGGUUAAGAGACAAUGAGUUUGCUAGGCAAGCACUGGCAGGGGUCAAUCCUGUUAGUAUUGAACUGCUAAGGGAAUUCCCCAUCAUGAGCAAACUGGAUCCCGCAGUUUAUGGCCCUCGAGAGUCUGCAAUUACUAAAGAAGUAAUUGAGCGAGAGUUGCAGGGAAUGACUGUUGAAGAGGCCAUGGCGGAAAAGAGACUCUUUAUAAUCGACUAUCAUGAUAUGCUUUUGCCAUUCAUUGAGAAGAUGAACUCGCUGCCUGGGAGAAAAGCUUAUGCCUCUAGAACAGUGUUGUUCCUCGGACCGACUGGCGCUAUGAGGCCAAUAGUCAUCGAGCUUUCGCUUCCUCCUACAUCUGAUUCACCGAGAAACAAGCGUAUCUUUGUCCAAGGCCAUGAUGCUACAAAUCAUUGGAUGUGGAAGCUAGCUAAAGCGCAUGUAUGCUCCAAUGAUGCUGGUGUUCACCAAUUAGUGAACCAUUGGUUGCGGACUCAUGCCUGCAUGGAACCUUACAUAAUUGCUGCGAAUCGGCAGCUCAGCUCAAUGCAUCCAAUCUACAAACUGCUGCAUCCUCACAUGCGUUACACGCUGGAAAUUAAUGCCAUAGCAAGACAAGGAUUAAUUAAUGGAGGUGGGAUUAUCGAAGCUUGUUUUAGUCCUGGAAAAAAUGCCCUGGAAAUAAGCUCUGCAGCCUAUAAGCAAAUGUGGCGGUUUGACAUGGAAGCACUGCCGGCUGAUUUGAUUCGGAGGGGAAUGGCUGUGGAGGAUUCCUCGAUGCCUUGUGGCAUAAAACUCGUGAUCGAAGACUACCCUUAUGCAGCUGAUGGACUACUCAUAUGGGCUGCUAUCAAAGAGUUGGUGGAAUCCUAUGUGGAGUACUAUUACAGUGACUCUGAAUCCAUCAAAUCUGAUGUUGAGCUCCAAGCCUGGUGGAAUGAGAUCAUAAAUAAAGGCCAUCCUGACAAAAGAAAUGAGCCCUGGUGGCCGAAACUUGAAAACCAGAGUGAUUUAUCUGGUAUACUAACAACAAUGAUCUGGAUUGCUUCAGGUCAACAUGCAGCUAUAAACUUUGGACAGUAUCCAUUCGGAGGAUACAUGCCGAAUCGCCCAACCCUAAUGCGGAAACUCAUACCCGAAGAAAGCGAUGAACUCGAGUAUGAGAAGUUCCUUCUUAAUCCUGAACACACUUUCCUGUCAUCUUUGCCUACACAACUCCAAGCCACAAAAAUAAUGGCAGUUCAGGACACAUUGUCAACCCAUUCGCCCGACGAAGAGUACCUUCACCAGGUGCACCAUCUCCACAGCAGUUCACUCAAGGAUCCCGAAAUCCUCAAGUUAUUUGAGAAGUUCUCAUCCAAACUGGAGGAUAUAGAGAAGAUCAUAAACCAAAGAAACAAGGAUAUACGGUUCAAGAACCGAAAUGGUGCCGGCAUUCCUCCGUAUGAAUUGUUGUUGCCUUCUUCGGGUCCAGGCGUAACCGGGCGGGGUAUUCCCAACAGCAUUUCUAUCUGAUUAGGUUAGUUAUAUUCUUAGUUGCAGUAGAAUUUUUUGGUACCUAUUUUCAGCAGUAAAGGAACAUGUUUACAUUUGCUUCCACUCCAAACCUUUUUGUAUAGUUCUUUGUAAUUCAGCCAGUCAAAGUAGAAUUAUGGUCGGGUCGCAAUGUUUUUUCAGGGGAAAAUAUAUUGAACUUAACAAGACUUUUUUUUUUUUUUUGCAUCAAUACUGGCUGUUGAAAUUUGAAGCUAAAUGAAAGAUCUUUACUCUUUAAGAUGAAAAAUUGGCCAAUCUACC